UCUCGUCCUCCUUCAUUCCCUCUUCUCUCUGUUAUUUCCUCCUUGUCUGUGUGUUUCUCGCCAUGAGACCCCUUCAGUCCAAUCUCCCUCCUGGUUUUAGGUUCCACCCCACCGACCAAGAGCUUAUCCUUCACUACCUCAGCAAGAAGAUCGCUUCUUUGCCCCUCCCCGUCUCUGUCAUUGCUGAGGUCGAUAUCUACAAGUUUGACCCUUGGGAUUUACCAGGAAAAGCUGCGUUUGGAGAAAAAGAAUGGUACUUCUUCAGUCCCAGGGAUCGAAAGUACCCGAACGGAGCGAGGCCGAACAGGGCGGCUGGUUGUGGGUAUUGGAAGGCCACUGGUACGGACAAGAACAUCGUAUCCCCAUCACUGUCCGGUGGAUCACAGGGGAGCAUUGGUGUGAAGAAAGCUCUCGUUUUCUACAAAGGAAGGCCCCCAAAAGGUGUCAAAACCAAUUGGAUCAUGCACGAAUAUCGCCUUGCUCACGACAACAAAAAACCCAUUAAGCUCAGAGACACCUCCAUGAGGCUAGAUGAUUGGGUUCUGUGCCGGAUAUACAACAAGUCCAAGCAUGCCGCGUCGACGCCGACCCAAGAGGCUCCGGCCAUGGUGGCUGAUCAAGUACAAGAUCAGAAGGUUUUCAGAGAAGCCCUUUUGCCAACUUCAACCGGCAGUGCCAUGAACCCCCAUCUUCCUCCUCGCCCCACCACGCUCACAUCUGACAAGUCUCUCUCUUUCUCCAAUCUGUUAGAUGCCAUGGACUACUCUAUGUUGAGCAGUUUCCUGUCUGAUCAGAGCCACUCCAACCCCACUGCUCCGCCUUCUGUUAACGGUGCCGGCGGCAAUAUUCCGGAUCACCACUUCUUAACUGUGCCUCCAUUGAGCAGUCCAGUCCCAAACACGGAACAUAGCAUGCCCAAACGACAGCUUCCUAACGGGGACGACGAUGCCUUGCGCCCAUCCAAGAAAUAUCAGCCGACUUCUCGCAGCUUCCCAGAAACCAACCAUCAAUACGAGAAUAGUAAUCCACAAUGGAACUUCCUCCACAAGCAGCCGUUGUUGAGUCAGCAGUUGCUUCUAGGUCCUCAUCUUCGAUUUCAGGGAUAAUCCAAAAAUUGAAUGAUGAAUCCGACAAAAAAUAAAGUUAUAAAAUAGGAAAAGUUUUAAACCUAUCAGCUGAUCAUUACGAGAGGAUCAGAUCAGAAAGAUAGGUUCAUUAUUUUUUUAGUGCAGUGGGAGGGUGAUUAGAAUAUUAGAUUGGAUUGGAUCAAAGGGAACUGUUUCAUACGGAAUCAGGGGGGAAAAGGUGAGAUUCUGCCAUUAAAAGAGUUAUUAAGAAACUGGCGGAACAAAUUUUUUUUUUUUAAAAAAAGAACAGGAAGAUAGAUUCCAAGUUUGAUUAGAAUCGUGAGGGGUUCGUGUAAACAAGUUGUUAAUUAAUUACCGUAGGCGUUGGGGUUGUGAGGUUAGAUAUUUUUAUAAAAUAAUCUGUAGAUAAGGUAUUGAUCUGAUCUGAAUUGUCGUGAAUUUUCAUUCUUUUUCCAGCAAAA